AUGACUAGUCAAGCAAACGUUAACUUACCAAGCAUUCAAAUACUGCUCUCGAACAUCGAGCAAAAACCAGAACCCCCACAAUCUGGUCCACCAGCUCCACCAACACAACCUUCAUACUCCUACCACACCAUGUACUCCACUUCAGGGUCGGCUCCCAUCCCAGUGAGUACCCCUAUCGCUAUCAAUACACCCUUGUAUAGGGAACCAUAUGGUGGUCAAUACAAUGUUUCUUAUGAAACCCCAAUGCCACAAUAUCAACCAUACAUGCAAGUUAAUGGGUUCAUUUCACCUGUAGCUGGUCCACAGGUGACCAAUAUGGAUUCUCUUAGAUCUGCUCAUAUUCUAAAAUCAUUAUCUGUCCAAACGCAAGACGUUCCAAGAUAUCAACAACCAAUUAUGCAUAUGUCUACUCGUGUCCCAGUUUACAACCAAUUACCGACCCCUGCUUUACAUAAAGUGCCUCCAAUUGCAUACUACGAACACAACGGCGGCAUGAUCCAUGAUGGUACUCAAAUGGAUUACAGUACCGAAAUGACUAAGAUCAUGCCUGCUUCUCCAUCGUCUAUUUCAUCCCAUUGUUCUUCUAGAACAUCAUCAUCUUCCUCAGCAUCUACUUCUACUUCUGUUAUUGGUAAUCAAAAAUCUUUAAAGAAAUGUACAUGUAAGAAAAGCCCAGGCUCUGCUGAACAUAUUCCAAGACCUAGAAAUGCUUUCAUUCUAUUUAGACAACAUCUUCAUUAUUCAAUUUUCCCAAAAGAUAGAUACAUGUUGGUCACGCAAGGUUCGUUCAAGACCAACUCUGAAGUAUCUAGAGAAAUUGGUAAACGUUGGAGACAACUACCUGCUGAUGAAAAGAAAUACUGGCAGGACCUAGCUCAAAAGGAAAAAGAGAUGCACAAACAAAAAUAUCCAGAUUAUAAGUAUGCUCCUAGAAAACUAAUGGAAUCCCAGGAUUCCAACAGUGAUUCUGAUGAGACAUCUGGCCAUCAUAGUAGACAAAGACGUAGACAAAGAGAACCAUGUACAUACUGUAAAUUAAAGAAGAGAUCAAACAACUAA